UAUCAUUAACUGUCACAAUAAAAUGGCUAAAUCGUAUAGAGCUUCCCAAUAUGAUUCAGCAUAUAUUCCAAAACUUCUUAGAAACUGGGAAAUUCCACAUUUUCACUGCGAAAUUCCUGUAGCCCGGCUCGGAAAAACUCAAAUUAUAGCCAACAAAAGAGGACAUUUGUUACCUGAAAUACCACAUCCACCGCCAACACCUUGGGGAACCAAUUUAGACACUUGGGAUCUUCCAAGACGUAUCACGAGAGAAGUAGCUGCCCAACUAAACGGCAUGAAUGAAAGAAAAAAGUUGAUAGAGAAAUGCAAAAAGCGGUUAAAUCAAAAACCAAUUGUACACGGUGAUGGACAAUUUAUUAAACAUUAUGAUGAUGAAGAAGAGGAAGAUAAAACACCGGAACAUUUAUGCCCUAUUCAUGAUAUAAAAGUAGAAUAUAUUUGAAAAUUUAUUUUUAUAAUAGCUUUAUGAAAUUUGUAGUAAAUGACACACCUCUAUACGACGAAGAUUAUUUUUUGAACGAUCAAUUUCAAAGUUUAUUUAAUAAAACUUUUACGACUC